AUGUCGUUCACUCCCGUCAUUCCCCCAUAUCCCUCUCCGAGUGGCGGUGCUUCCCCCGAGCCCCCAAGGUCAAUGCCUGCUUUCUCACAGACACAACCUUCACCUGCUCCAGCAUGGGCGCAGCAGUCGAGUUUUGCUGGUAGCUCCCCAUACAGUGGGUCGAUGCCAAUGUCAGCGCCAGGAUCGUACUUGGUCCCACCAGUCGCGCUGCCGCAAUCAUCGCACACUCCUGUAGCUCCGGUGGGGCCCAGCGGGUUCUCGCCUGAUUGGGUCGGGUUUCCGUACAACCCUGCCGCGAAUCUCUCGCCGUACCAAGGGAUGAUGCAGCCGGGAAUGAUGCACCCAGGAAUGAUGCACCCAGGAAUGAUGCAGCCUCCGCCUCCUCAGCAGCAGCAGCAGCAGCAGCCACCGCCACCCCUGCAGCAACAGCAGCAGCAGGGAUACCCUCCUCCUCAAUAUGCAGCGGCGGCGGGGGGACCUAUUCAUCCGCAGACUGCAUAUAUGUACGCCCAGCAGCUCCCACCGCAGUUUCAGGCGGGCUACCCGACUCCUGCACCUCCCAUGUACGCUAUGCCGGGUAUGGCAACGCCCUAUGCAACGCCAUACGCGAUGCCUGGGGCAUGGGGUACACCAUUCCCUGCAGCCGCUGGAGGACUUCCACCGCAGGGAGCAAUUCCACCACAAGGAAUGCACAUGCCAGCUGCAGCAACAUCUGCUCCCGCUGCUCAUACUCGAGGACGCAUCUUCCGUCCACAGGAUAUGAGCGUGUAUGACAAGGUCGAUAAAUUUGCUGAGGGUGAUCACUACGGAGCGGUGCUCGAUCCCUUCGUGCUCAAGAGGGUCCACGCCAGGGUGGAAGUAAAUCCCCUGCUCCAGCCACCGCCGGAGAACUUGGAUCGCGCGUAUCUGAAGUGGAAUAUGCUGUUCCCGACGGGGCAGUGCCAGCGCUCCACAGACCCACCGAGUCGCUCAUGGCAUGUCGGUCGCCAUGCGCCCGCCACCUGGCCGCGGCUUACCUCCCUGCGGCUCAUCUCCCGCUCGCUCCCGUGGCCCAUCGAAGUGACCGCCUCGAACCCGUUCCUCGGCGUCACUUGCGGCGAGGUCAUCGAGACGAUCCAGCAGUAUAUGUACGAGAAAGUUUCUGAGGCAUACUACAGGACGGUGUCUGGCACGCGGAAGCGCAUGCUCGGGGAGGCGUUCUACUACAACCGCUCAACCGCGGACGGCGUGCCUGGCGGGCGUCUUCCGCACAUGCUGCUCCAUUGUGACUGGCUCGGGAAGAAUACGACAUUCGGAGGCAUUGUGCACGACGAGCAGCUCGUGCACGAGCUGUGUGGCGCGGCGCUCCCUGCUGUGUUUGAGCUCAGGUGCGUCGAGUCGUGGCCUGUAUCCGAGGAAGAGCAACGCGAGAUGGAGGCGAGAGAGCUCGAGGCUGACGAGCGCCUGAGACGCAGAGGGCGUUCUCGGGCUACGUCGCGAGCGGCCACCUCGAGAACGACUUCACAGGCACCCUCGCGGGCAACAUCACGAGCAACGUCGCGCAGCCGAGCUACGACGGUUGAAGAUGUAACGGAUGAGGACGAGUGA